CCAGAAACUACAAGUAGCUGGGGGCUGGAGGCUGGGCUAAGCCACGUUUGGGCAGCCUCAUGCAGCAGCAAUCCCAGCCACACAGCAGUCCGGUGCGGGCAGAGCUCCUCCAGGGGAGGAUGGUUGUCUGCAACAAGCCCUACUCCCUGCCCAGCAGGAUCCUGUGCCAGGUGCUUCAGCUGGGCUUCGUCAAGAACCUGCUGAAGAUCCUUCAGAAAGUAUCAGCCUGGGUUGGGCUUGUGGUCCCUGUAGAGACCAUUAUCAGCAAAGUCUGCCCCAUGCAGUCUCCCACCAGACCUGGACGACUUGCCAAGAAGCGCCGUGGGACGCUGAUGCGUCUCCUCCUCUCCAUUGUCCCCACCAGGAUCCAGAACAUCCUGGGCCAACUUCCAGCGGACUGGGGCCAGAGCAACAUGCCCAAGGAGAUUCGUGAGGCUCUGAUCAACCCAUCUAGUAAAGCAAACAAGAGGAAACGGGACGAUGUUGCUCUGGAGGAGCAGGUGUCCUGGGUGGUGGUGCUGGAGAGGGACCUGCCGGAAGAUGACCCUGAAGAUGUCACAUACGAGCCCUCGGAUGUGGAAACAGACAGCGAGGAGUACAAGUCCCAGAAUGACACUGAGACAGACCUGGAGUUUGAAGAGUGGGAUGGGACUGUUGUGUUGAAGGAGUCAUCAGCUCUCCAGGUGGAAGAUGUGCAGCCCACUGGGGAUGGGGAUACCCCAGAGCUGCUGGCUGCGAGCAUGGAGCAGGGACUGAGGGACUCAGCUGUGUCCAGCAGUGGGGAAGAUGCUCCUGACACUGACAGUGGUGAUGGUGAUGCCCAGAAGCCACCAGUUGGUGAGAGCAGUGGGGAUGGCAGUGGCCAGGAGCAGGAGGUGGAUCAUGAGAGCAGCAGUUUGCAGUGUGAGGGUAAGUAGGAACCCUGGCCUGUGGGCCCAGAUCUCUGCUGUGGCUGUGAAGUGCCUGUCUUUCUCUGGCUGCUGUGUCCUAGUGUAAGCUGACCAGUUAAUGACAUAUUGAUAUUUUUGAACUUUAUAAUAAAAUUACCCUAUUUUUUCAUGUGAA